AUGGUGUCUCCCCCAAAACCUUGGGAACGGUCUGGCGCAGCAGCAGCAGCUUCGUCUUCGGCGCUGCCGCAGACUCCAGUGGCCACUUCAUCUUCGCAGGCUGCUUCAUCAACUCAAUCACAGGCAUCCAACUCACAAAUUCCAACGGUACCCGAACGACCAGCAUCGUUGCCACCUUCUGCGGGAGCAAUGAACCAAUCCUCACUUUUACCUGGAGCCUCUUCUGCUAUGACCUCGCCGUACUCGACACCCUAUUCACGGCUGGGAUCGUAUGGAACAGGAUAUGGAGCAGGAACUGGAUACGGCGGGCUUGGUUCCUAUGGCUCAUCGUAUGGGGGAUUAGGCUCUUACGGAGGAUAUGGAUCGUACGGAGGAAUGGGUGGAAUGGGUGGAAUGGGAAUGGGUGGAAUGGGCGGUCUCGGCGGGUACAAUUCCUUUGGUGGAGGGUACGGUGGUAUGGGUGGAGGAUACGGCAUGCCGAUGAUGGGAGGUCCCCCAGGGAUGGCAGUCGACCCAGUCACUGGCCAACCAAUAGCCAGCCUAACCCAAACACUCGAAUCGACCACACACCACACUUUCGCCCUCCUCCACUCCAUUGUCCAAACUUUUUCGGGGGUCGCCCAGAUGCUCGAAUCGACCUUCAUGGCCACUCAUUCGUCUUUCUUCUCCAUGGUCGGCGUCAUCGACCAAUUCUCUCAGCUCAGGAACGCACUUGGCAGUGUUCUAGGUUUGUUCGGACUCGUCCGAUGGAUGCGCGACCUUCUUACCGGCCGUCGGUCUGCGGGUGGCUUGAGGUCGGAGUUCCGAGACUUCGUUACUGGAAGGCCUGUACCUUCCGCUGCCCCAGGAUCAUCCCAGCCGAACACCCCAAAACCCUCCAGAAAGCCACUCAUCAUUUUCCUUCUCGCCAUCUUCGGUAUCCCCCUUGCGAUGACCAAGCUCAUCCGAAUGUUAUCUGAACGGGCUGCCGCUCAGGGCCAGCUCACAAUGCCCAACGGCGCACCGCUUCCUCCUCUGGACCCCAGCAUGCUCACCUUCGCUCGAGCACUCUACCCCUUCACAGCUUCCUCUCAAGCUGAGUUAAGCUUGAAGGAGAAUGAGAUUGUAGCCAUAAUGGGCAAGCUUGAUCCUCGAACUGGGCAGGAAGUAGAUCCCCGUAUCGAACUGAGGGACGGCGACAAAGUCAUUGAGGCCGAUUGGUGGAAAGGCCGCACGAGAGACGGAAGAGAGGGAUGGUUCCCCAGGAAAUGGGCUGAAGUUCUUGAACGGAGACAGCCAGUUGCCCCAAAAACCGUUGAUUCCGCCUAA